AACGCGGCAGUUGUUGCGGAAACACGUGUGGAUCCAGUCACUUUGUCAUUCCCUCGAAAAAUGCCACCAAAAAAGAAACCAAAAUUGUCCAAAGAGGAAAUAGCCCUUAAAAAAUCAGCCGCCGCAAAAGCUCGAUUGGAAAAAAUCAAGAGUGAUCCAAUUCUGUUGGCAGAAUACAAAGAGAAAGAAAGACAGAAAUAUUUAAAAAAGAAAGAGAAGGGACAACGUAAGUCUAUUCAGGAUAUGACCCCACGCGAGCAGAGAAAAAUUAGAAAAAAAUGGAAGAAAUAUUCUACUGAUUACAGAAAGAAGAAAACAAUUACAAAAGACUGUGAGAAUUAUGUUGCUCAGAAUACGCCACCUACAUCUGAAAAUGAAGAAAAUAUAGCUCCAGAACCACAGAUCAUUAAUAACAACAACGAAGACCUUAGACAAGUGGAAGCUAAAAGAAGAAGUCGACAUCAACGGAAGAUAAGAAAUAAAGUGUUACAGGAAAAAUGUGCAAUUAUUGAUAAGUUAAAGAAGAAACUUAAUACUCAACAGAAGAAAUAUAGUAGACUGAAAAGAAAAAUUAAGAAAGCGAAGAAAUUGCUCACACCUAAAAGUAAAAUAGAACAAAUAGCAGAAGAUCCUAACCAAUAUAGAGAACUGGUCAAAAAGGCUUUAUUUGGCGAAAUUUUGCAAGCUCAAAUUACAGAGAAUAUUUCAAAAGCUCGAUCUCAUCAAGAAAAAUCCAACUUCAAACAACUUUUGUCUGGUCCCAAAGUAGAAAAAUAUAAACUUUGGCGACAAGGUUGUAACUCUUUGUUGUAUAACAAGAUUCGGCGCAAAACUAUUAAACGUAGUGAGAAAACUAAGAAAGAUUUAAUAGUUGAAAUGGUUCACAGAUUUUAUGAAGACGAUAGCAUUAGUCGCGCUGCAGCUGGCAAAAAGGAGUGCAUUACUCGCAAUAAAAUCAAAAAACAAAAACGGUAUUUGCUAGACUCAUUGGAAAAUAUACACCAAAAGUUUCUUCAAACAAAGACAUUGACAAUUGGAUAUUCACUGUUUUGUAGAUUACGUCCAUUUUGGGUUGUUCCCCCUAAACUAACAGAUCGCGAUACUUGUGCCUGCAUAAUACAUGAAAAUAUGAAUCUAAAAUUGUCUGCUUUAAAAAAAUCUAAGAUUCUGCACUUCGACAAUUAUCAAACAGGAUUACAGAUACUUUGUUGCAAUCGUUAUUCCGAAAAAUGCUUAUUGAGACAGUGCAACGGUUGCUCUACUAAAGUGUUACCUUAUUAUGAAUUCGACAACAGCAAAGAUAUUUUGGUAAAUCAGUGGACACAUGGAAAAGAAAUGAUUACAGAUUCUAAAACAAAAAAAGAGCGACUAGUUUCAAAGUAUAAAAAAGAAACAAGGAAUAUGAAGCCACGCGAUCUGAUUUUACAACUCGAAAAUGAUCUGCAAAAAUUUUUCCAACAUGAAGUUAACAUUGUUCACCAGUACAGUACUUUGAAAUCUCUCAAACAGACAUUGACGGAAAAAGACGCAGUGAUACAUAUGGAUUUUUCUGAAAAUUUUAGUACAAAAUGUAACCAGGAAAUCCAAGCUUAUCAUUUUGGGGGUUCCCGCUCGCAAAUUUCUAUGCACACCGUAGUUGUCUAUACAAAAGAUUCAACUUCUUCUCACUGCACUCUCUCUUUAAAUUUAGCUCACAAUGUUGCAGCCAUUUGGGCCCAUUUAAAACCAGUGUUUGCUUCUUUGCCUCUUACUGUCGAAAAUCUGCAUUUUUUGAGUGAUGGUCCCGUUACGCAGUAUAGAAAUAAAGCAAUGUUUUUCAUACUGGCUUGUAAAAUUGUAGAUUUUCAUCCAAAUGUUAUGACCUUUUCAUGGAACUACCUUGAAGCAGGUCAUGGGAAAGGAGCCCCUGAUGGUGUGGGGGCAACAUGCAAGCGAACUGCAGAUAAAUGUAUUGCACAAAAAGCCGAUAUUACAAAUUUAUACACUUUUGCUGUUACUUUACGUGAAAACUGCCCGGGAAUAAAAAUUUCAGUUAUUGAAGAUUCCGAUAUUGAGACGGUGCAUAAACUGAUCAGAGAUAAUGAAAAUAACCUACAAGCCUUCAAAGGUACACUUCUAGUGCAUCAAGUUACAGGCCACAUAUAUUCUCCAAAUAAACUUACUAUGAAAUCAUUGAGCUGUUUCUGUAGCACCACUUGCAAUCAUCAUAAAUUAGGAACUCUGGAAUACAACAACCAAUCUAAACGGCUCAAAGUAGUUGAUGUUUAUAAUAGUACAGAUUCUGAAGAAGAUAUUCCUUUACAAAACCUACGUAGAAGCAAAACUACAAAACAAGCAGGCAUAAGUAAAGAUUUAAAAGAGAAAAUGAAAGUGACCUAUGGCAGUGGUGAUUAUGUGUUAGUAAAAUUUAUGGUGAAAACGAAAGAAUACCGGUACGCUGCAAUUUGUUCGUCUUAUGAUGACGAAGAAGGAGAAUUGACCGUUACUUUCCUUAAAGUAUGCAAUAAAGAAGGGAACUUAUUUAAGUUAGACGAAGGUGAUGUCGCAGACGUACUUUAUGAAGAUGUAAUUGGAAAACUAUCGAUGCCCAGUUUGAUUGUCAAAGGUGAUAGAGUGUUUUACGAUUUUAAAAAGGCUAUAAACGUUUUUGAAAAGUGAGAUUAUUUUAUAUAUAUUGUUAAGUCUUCUAUGUUACUAAAUAAUGAUACAGAGAAACUGAUACGUCC